AUGGGAGGUUUGUCUUUGCACCUGAAACAGACACUUGUGGUUUUACUUCAGUGUCUCCUGCUUUGUCUCGACUCCUCGCUGGCUUUUUCUCUGAAAAACUGCUCCAUCGGUUAUUCGGUGGACGCCUCCGCUGAGGUUGUUUUGGAUUGCUCAUACCAUCAGCUUGUUGCGAUCCCUGAUGACGUCCCCAGAGAUGCCGUCAUAGUUAAACUCUCUUACAAUGCGCUUCAGCAGGUUAACAGGGAAGAUUUUGGCAACAUGUCAAAGCUGAGGAUUUUGUACCUGCAAUCAAAUGCCAUCGCUCAAGUGGACGACGGAUCUUUCAUGCAUUUGGUUGCUCUAACGCGCCUCUACAUUAGCGAUAACAAGCUCACCAACCUGACGGCUCACGUCUUCCAGGGGCUGUCCAGCCUCACUUUUCUCGACCUCGACAGAAAUGAAAUUCGGUUCAUUCAUACUUCAGCCUUUCAGUCUCUGUCCAGUUUACAGACCGUGUUGCUCCACGAGAAUAAGCUCCGCCAAGUCUCCGACAUUCAGCCUAUCCUGCAGCUGCCGCGCCUGCAGACACUGAGCAUCGGGCAAAACCUGUUCCCCUCCUUUCAGACCAAAGAUCUGCUGCUGAACGGGUCCUCCAGCCUGAAGACGUUGGAUGUUUCUUCCAAUAAAUUUGAAAAGUUCAGCAUCACGACACGGAUCUUUCCUCACCUGGAGACGAUAGACUUUUCUUGGUGUGAUCGAGAUGCUGGCAUGAGAUUGGACGUACCGGACAAGACUUUAAUGAAAAGCAUAACUCGACUUUAUUUCAAUGAACCUACAAUUGCUUUUGAAGACAUCCGGAAAAUCCUACAGAGUCUCGACUCACUGACGCAUCUUAGAUUUAAUUACGUGGACGAGUGGAUCCAAAAAGGUCUCUUGGAGACGGUCUGCAAAAUACCGACACUAAGGACGCUGGAGCUGUAUUAUAACCACGCUGCCAAUCUAAGUGCAAAACUAGUAGCUUGCUCUCAGCUCGGUGAGCUUGAUUUGUCCCAUACUUACAUGCAGGAGCUGUCUAACGGCUCGAUACGACUGAUGAAGCAACUGAAGAAUCUGACCGUAGCAGCCAACUUCCUCAACAAAGUGCCAGAUGACAUUCGGAGUCUCUCCCUCCUCGAGAUCCUAAAUCUUGGCAGCAAUCUCAUCUCUGAGUUGAGCUGCAAGGAUUUCAGAAACUCAACGCGCCUCACGAAACUUUACCUAAAUGACAACCGCAUUGCCAAACUGGACAGGUGUGUCUUCAUGCAUCUCAGUGACCUAAAGGUUUUGGAUAUGAGUGACAACCUGCUGUGGAUGCUCGGAGGUGUCUUCAAAACGAGCCUGCAGAAGCUCGAGUUCUUGUAUUUAAAAAACAACUUUGUACCUUUUCUUAAAAAGGGGGAUUUUCAGGGUUUAGAGUCCGUAAAAUAUCUGGAUUUGGUUUCGACUCACAUCAGCAGGGUGAAACAUAAAGCUUUCGACGGACUUACCAGCCUAAGAACUCUUCGUGUGUCUCUUCCACUCGAGUUUGAGAAUAAGUUCAGAGGAUUGAGGCAGUUAGAAAAUCUUACGGUCUACUUUUUCGUUGACGGCAGUUUCAAAAGUCCUAACACAAGCUUCAAUAAGUCUUUCUUCAAUCUGAAAUAUUUGAAAGUUUUCACGAUGAUAUGCAGGGGUGACCACUUUGGCUUCCCCUUCGACAUACCGUCAGAAGUUCUCCAGGCCAUGAAACACUUGGAGGACUUCACCGCUGAGAACGCCUACAUUUCUUCACCAGAUAUGGACACAUUUCAGUUCAAUCCCCAGCUCAAGAAUCUAACCAUCACGCAAACUGAUUUGUCUGUUUUGUACCCUGAACUGUUUCAGCCGAUCUCGAACCUGCACGUUCUCGAUCUCUCUGAGACGAAGCUCAAAUCUUUGGACUUUCUGUCCCAGGUCAACCUGUCUGCACUCAGAUUUUUGAAACUGAGUGACAAUGAGAUUACAGUGAUCAAUGCGACGGUCUUCAAGUCUCUCCCCGCACUCACAUAUCUCGACCUGGACAAUAACCCUUUCACCUGUGACUGCUCUAACACCGGUUUCAUCCAGUGGGUGAAGAACAACAACCAAACGCAGGUUGUUAACGCCUACCAGUAUGCGUGUUCGUUUCCUGUGGCUGAA